CGUCUGCCGAAGAGCGCUGGGGCUCAGUCGCUGCCACUGGUAGCUCCCGAGGCGCUCAGCGCAGCUGGAGGCGGGAGCUGGACGCUUUGGUCGGGCCCACCAGGCGGAACGGUCAGUGCGCGCUCGUAAUCUACAGACACUGUGCGACGUGGACGCGGCUAGGAUUUUCAGUUCCACGUCACUAGAGGCAUGCUUCGCAUUCUUUCAACGCUCUUAUUGUUACCAUUAGCACAACAAGUUCUCACUCCGCUAUCCGGCUUCAAGGAGUGUGCGACCAAUUAUUGUUUGGAGAAAUGAGAUGCACGGAAGCAUGUACAACUACAUAACGCCAUUACAUCUUUAGUGGAUAGCUGGUAAGAGAAAAUCAGUUAUAAAUGACGCUAAAGGUGAGCAGUCGUGGUAUAUAUUUCGUACGGACACGUAGGAAAAGCACUGUGUAGUGAGACGGGUGUGGAGUUCCCAGGGGGUGCGCGGAUAGCUUACUGGCCGCCAUGGCGUCCCUGGCCUGGCCGGUGUUUGACGUCAGCUUGGUGACCGCCGCGCUGUCGGCCCUCGCCUUGACGCUGCUCGUGGUCGGCGCCCACGUGGCCCACAACUACUGGCGCCGCAUGGGCGUCGUGCAGGCGAGGUCGCUGCUCUUCCUUGGCCACGCCGGGGACCUGCUGCUGGGCGCGAGGAACUUGUGUGACGUCAUGGAUGACGUGUACCACCAGCUGCAAGGACACCCGUACGGCGGCUUCUACAUGUUGGACAGACCGUGUCUCAUGCUGCGAGACCCCGAUAUCAUCUGGAAAAUGAAACAGGACUCCGAACACUACUCCCGAAGGGCCAGGAAGGUGCAGAUGAAGGGCAUCCGCGUGGACCCCAUCUCGAAGCACCUGUUCGACGUCGAUGACGACCGGUGGCGCGAGGUGAUGGAGCUGUAUGUGAAGGGCUUCUCGCCGGCCAGGACGGAGCGCCUGUCCUGCUGGCUGGAGCAGUGCGGCCGCGGCGUGCAGCGCGCCCUCUCCAGGAGGAUCCAGGGCGUCGGCUGGAGGGACGUCGACCUGCUGGCCGUCUGCUCGCGGUUCGCCACCGACUCCAUCGGCUGCUGCGCCUUCGGCAUCGAGUGUGGCGCCAUCGACGAUCCGCGGUCGACGUACCUCCAGUUGGCCCUCAAGGCAAUGUAUCCGUCUCGACGAAAAAAUUUCGUAGAGUUCCUGUCGAUGUGGCAUCCAGAAAUCGCCUGGAUUUUCUUCUUCGACUUCUUCACGCGCGACACCUACGACUUCUUCAAGGGAGUCGCCCUAGGAAUUCUGCAGUACAGGCAGGAGAACCACCUCUGCCGAGAUGACGUGAUGCACGAGUUCUUGCAAGCGAGACUGCACGGCCUCGCGUCUGAGGAGAACACACCCACAAAGUUCUCAGACGACUCCCUGGUGGCGUACGUGUUCGCCACGUUUGGUUUCGGACUCGGAAUCGUCGCACGUGCGCUGAGCUUCUGCCUGUACGAGCUGUCGCUGCACACUGAAGUGCAAACCCGAGCCAGGCAACAGGUGGAUGCCGUCCUCAAAGCGCACGGCGGACAGCUGAGCUACGAGGCGAUCCACGAGAUGACCUACCUCGACAUGGUCCUUAGCGAGACGCUGCGGCUAUACCCGGUGGUGGGUGGUGCAUUCGUGGAGGAGUGCACGCAGACACACCGCCUCAGCGGCCCUGGAGGCUCCAGCAUCGUGGUGGAGGCGGGCACCCGCGUCGUGGCGCCGCUCUUCUCGCUCCUGAGGGACCCUCGACACUUCCCGGAGCCUCUGCAGUUCAUCCCCGAGCGCUUCAGUCCAGAGAACAGAGCGGGACGACACCCGGGCGUCUACAUCCCGUACGGGGAAGGUCAGCGGCGUUGUGUUGCUGAAGAUUUCUCGAAGACUACCAUGAAGUUUGGGCUGGCAUCGCUGCUCGAACAAUUCGAACUAAGCCCGUGUUCCCGCACGCCGAAUCGGCCCGCCAAGCUGCACCCACAGAUUCACCUGCUGACACCCAGAGAAACACUUUGGGUGCGUGUCUCACAGCGUGCCUGGCUCUCCUGCGACUGACCUGCCAGGCUCCAAGAAAAAAUUUGGUUUCGCAACACUUCUUGCACAGAUCGAACUGAAUAGGUGUCUCCAAACACCUGAGUGACCCACCAAGCUACUGCGACGUCCCACCUGCUGAUGCCCAAAGAGAAACAUACUCAGUGCAUGUCUCACAGCGUGCCUGGCUUUGCUAUGACUGAUAUGUCAGGCUCCAAGAAGAACUUUGGGUUGCUGUCACUGCUCAUUUAGUUCGAACUGAGUGGGACUCACCACACACCAGACUCGCCUGCCUAAACUGCACCCACUCUGCCGGCGGCUGUGGCCAAGCGGUUCUAGGCGCUUCAGUCUGGAACCGCGCGACUGCUACGGUCGCAGGUUCGAAUCCUGCCUCGGGCAUGGAUGUGUGUGAUGUCCUUAGGUUAGUUAGAUUUAAGUAGUUCUAAGUUCUGGGGGACUGAUAACGCUCAGAUGUUAAGUCCCAUAGUACUCAGAGGCAUUUGAACCCUUUUCUUGCACCCACUAUCGGUAGCUGAAGCUCACAGAGACACGUUGGGUGCGUGUCUCACAGUGUUCAUGGCUAUUCCUUGACUGGCAUUCGAAGCAUCUACUUUUGAUUCGGUUUUACACGCUAUGCUGUGAGGUUAUACGCAUUCCUGCUCCGUGAAACAUCAGCAGCAUACCGUAUGAUCCAGUUCUCUUCUGAGUGUUUGAGGCAGUUAAGUAAAUGCCUGUCUUAAUAAAUUGGCACCAUGUAUGUUAAGCACAAAUUAUUUAUUUUCUUACAUAUUCCCUUCUUGAAGAAAUAAAUUUUUCACCAAG